AUGUUGUCAAGGGCGUUUACAAAACCCAGAAGAAGUUUUUAUGGUGAAAACAGCAGGUCAGGUUCCAUCUCCGAGUACGAUGAUUGCAUCGUAGGAUUUAUGGAUGACGUUCCGUUGAUUUCUUGUGAAAACAAUGGGCAAUCGCUGUCGUUGAAGGAGGUUCUGAGGACAUCCGUGGGUGUGAUGGGAGAGAACACCAGAGGAUUGACUGAAAAAGUGGUGCUAUCCAAUGGUAGAUUUUGCACUGUAAAGAGGUUUCGGAAGGUAAUAGCGAGAAAGAGUGAGUUCGGUAGGAGAGUCAAGAGGUUGGCUCAGGUUUGUAACAAGUGCGACUACCUCGUCCCCAUCACUGCUUACUUAUAUGCCAAGAGGAUCAAGCUUGUUGUUUUAGACUACUAUCCUAUGGGAAGCUUAGCUGACCUUCUUUCAGGUGGGAGGCGAGGCCAAACUGCUUUGAACUGGAAUGAACGUUUGAGAAUAAUAGAUUCAAUUGCAAGAGCAAUCGCAUUCAUCCACGGACAAUCCCCACCAACAGCAAAGAACAUGAAAAUGAACGUUCACGGAAACAUAAAAUCCUCCAACAUCAUGAUAAACAACGACCUCACAGCUCGGUUAUCGGAUUACGGGUUCGUCCAGUUGGCCGACUGCAUUGAAGAUUCUGAGAGCAAAGAACAAUCAAGAAUAACAAAUAACAUUUACUGUGAGGAUUUGAGUCAAAAGAGCGAUGUCUUCAAUUUUGGUCUGGUUUUGCUUGACAUGCUAGGGGGAGUGCAGGACCUAAGUUACAUUAACUGCAUAGUUAAAAUGAAGGAAAGGAUAAAAAAAGGUGAAAGUUGUUUUUCGAGUUCCAGUGAGAGGGAAAGAACGGAAGCAAGCUUUCAAGGUUUUAGAGAUUGCUUUGGCUUCCACCAACAGCUUGCCGGAGACAAGACCUUCAAUUGA